CAUGCAGGGAGUCGUGAAAGGGGUUUCAGGGUUUUCACGACUCCCAGGUGCCGUUCCGGUAGAUCAUUAUUUUUCUCGGCGCAUUUUCUCUGUCGGAUGGUUACUAGUGAUUUGUUUCAGUCGUGUAGUUGUGUGCGGUGUUCUCGCAUUGUCCACUGUGGACAGAACAGUUCAUGCCACUAGCCAGUGAAGCCGGCGUGGACUGAGGCCGUGGCGGAGUGGUUGGUUGUGACGUCGGGUUUUGCUGCCGGCGCAAUGCCGGACAGUGUGCGGUACAACAUCAAGUACUUGGUAUCCAAUCUAGAUGUGUCACUGAUCUUGGAGGACCUGCUGGAGAAGGAUGUCCUCAGCGAAGAGGAAUAUGAUACUGCCUCAGGCAAGGAGAAUGAAAUGUUGGAGCUGGCAAAAUAUGUGGUGAGGCUGAUGCUGAAGAAAACGGAGGAACAGGUGGAUAGGUUCCUGAAUCUGAUUCAACACAGCCAGCCCGAUGUAGCGGAACAUGUCGCCAGUACCAUGGCGGAGCGCCGCGCCGCGAAGCCAAUGUCGGCAGAUCGUGAGUCAACACGUGGCUCGUCCUCCGCACUGCCAGAGUGGGUGAACUUCCGCACCAUCAGCAACAUUGAUCGAAUGAAGAGGCUAAAACGCAUCCGGGACAUCGUGGCCGAAUCCUCCAAACGUGUGCAUGAUGUUGGAUCCUACCUUCUGGAGAAGGAAUUCCCGGACAGUCCAAAAGCGGCGAUCACUGAUAGAGCCCAUCCGGAGACGAGCCCAUUUAGCUUGUUCGACGCAAUGACAAAGCUGUGGAUCGAGAAAUACAACAAACCGAGCGGCAGAGACAUGCAUAUGGCUGUUCAGAAUGCGGUUAGGCCGGGAUCGGCGGCGAACAUCAAGGAAUUCUGCCUCAACUCCGGUAUCACCAUGACAACAGUUGGCAAACAGAAAACACAGCCAUUGCAGCACACAGUGGGGGGUGGUCAGGCAGACCAACAACGGACCUCCAACAGAUGUGAACCAAUCUUCAAACAACCAACAUCAGCUGAAACAACAGCCAAUGUAACUAGAGCGGGUACAACAUCCAAUACAACAUUGACUACAACACAGGAUUCAACAAGAUCAGCAACUUCAAGCCAGUCAUCUCUACCGGACAAAGACCGACACUUCACUGGCAGGAAUGACAUUGUCACAGAGAUCAGUCACAACAUUCUCACAACAAAGUCCAAGUCAUCAUCUACACGUGUGCAGAGUCUUGUGGCACCAGCUGGUUUUGGCAAGACGUCCGUAGCCAUUGCUGUGGGACAUGUAUGUUGCAAUGCUGGUUGUCGUGUGGAGUUCUUUGACUUACGCGGUGUAGCUGGUGUUGACGCUGUCCAGGCAAUGAUUCAAAACCGACUCGAAACAAACCCAGCUUCAUCUGAAACUACUGGCAAGACAACCAAAUCAACUGAUGACAUGGAUGAUGAUGGUAGCCAGCACCACAUGUUAUGUAUUCUGGACAAUGCCGAAGAUGCUAUCCAUGCUGGUGCUGAUAAAGAUUUCCAGCUGCAAGAUGUUGUGGAGCAACUUCUGCGACGGCAACACAACGCCCAUGUCCUACUGACAAGUCGUGUUUACUUUGACCUACACGCUGCCCAGUUUAAACUACAACAACACCGUCUUGAUGGUCUGACAAAGGUUUGUGCUGUUGGCCUUCUCCAUGGUCUAUGUGUUGAAGGUAGUGUGAGCAUUGAAGAUGCACAGAGGUUAGUGGACCGUUGUGGAAAUGUUCCACUUGCUGUACGCAUCACAGCUGGUCUUCUACAAGGUGGUCGGUUAACUCCAACCAUGUUGUUAUCGUUAUUCCAAGAUCUUGGUCUCGAUGUGUUUAAUGAUGAUCGUCUGAAACCGAAUGAUCGAAUCCUGAAGCUGUUGACAAUAGCAUACAACACAUUACAACAUGAUGACAAGGCAUCAUUCCAUGCUCUCUCUCAACUGCGCUCCUCGUUCUCAUCUGAUUGCGCUCGUGUGAUAGUAGGUUUGGCUGACACUAAGGCCAGUAUGGUUCAUCUUGUACGUUUUGAUCCGUUGAUCAAGAUUUGUUUCCUGGAUUACAAUCCGUAUCUGGACCGCUACUCACUUCAACCAUUCAUUGCCGAGUUUGGUCGUUACCAAUGCCCUGAAGACAAGCGACGUGUGUACCAACGGCGAAUGUGCAAGCAUUUCCUUGGCUUUGUGAAGGAAGUUGAUGACUGUAGAGGUUGUAGUGCAGACAAAGCAGUGUUUUGGAGUUACCAACUGCUUCAGGAAAGCGUGAACAUACAGAUGGCGUUGUCUGUUGUUGAUGUUUUGCCUGGCGAUGACUUGCUUCCUUUCUCUGGAUUAACAAAGUCAUCGAGUAUCCUACUUGCCUUGUUUGGGAGAAAAGUGUUUGUUGGAGAGUUUGGGGACAGGAUACAAAGAUUGGACACAACACCGCUAUCUGUACAAGCUGACAGCAUUUGCACCUCGGUCCUGUGUUGUUUUUUCCGUCGAAGCAUUGCAGAUUCUGAUGUCACUUUCGAGAGUUUGGAUUCCAGAACCCAAAUGCUCCUAGAGAAAUCUGAACAAGAACUGACUGGAGUGGAGUCACAGUUGCAGCUACCUUUGAUGCAACUUUCUCUGGAGUCAUGCAGGGUAAUCAUGUCUCUGGACAUCGACUGCAGGGAAGGACAGGUUGAACUGAGCCAGGAAACACUAUCCCGUCUUCAGGUGGUGUACCAGCGUGUUACAACAACACUGGGAAUUGGUCUUGCAACAGGUGUCACUGAAUGUGCCCUGAAACUCAUUCAACUGUAUUGUUCCACUCUGCUAAACAAGGAUAUACCCAAUGUACAGGUGGUAGAAGACCUUGCUGAGAGAGUGAUGUCAUCAUACUUCCUAUCACAGGAUGGUGCAGUCAGGUCAUGUGCCGUAAUGUACGGUUUUCUGCAACAGUGCAUUGUUGUGAUCCUGGGCAAGGUCAUGUCAAGUUCCUGUAGCAGUGAGUGGAUUAUUUCACCAUCAUUGCUUACAACACUGGGUAUAGCACUGUGCAAGUGGAAACAUGUACCAACUGCUAUCAGCCGCACGAUUAAUGCCAAUGACAAUACCACACUGGCAGCUUUUCGGUUACAACAGUACCUGUACUCCAUGGAUAAUGACACCGUAUCCACACUACUGUACAUGUACUUGGAUGGUAUGUACACCAACCUGUACAUACCCUUGGUAGUAAAUGGAAGGGCACACACAACUCCAAAGGGUCUCACUCUACCAGCACAGCAUCCCUACAACAUUGUGAUGGACUAUGUCAGGAGAUGGUGUCAUGGCUCAAAUCCAGCAGAUCACACAACAGCACUGAUUAACAACUGUAGUCAGAACAAGGUACCUAAUCUGGAAGUGAUGCAGUAUUGUAUUCUGAUGGCCAGAGCAAUGCUCCUGUUACAGAAUACGAUCUUGGCGACUGAUGUUAGUUCCACACUCUUCCCAGUGUUGAAGUCACUUGUUAAGGAUCUCAGUGCUUGCCUGCCAAGCAAGUGUGCAACUGGUCUCUCGGUGUCUGGAGUUGUAUACUUACCAGUACAAGCUUGGGACAUUCCUCCACCGUACAUCUCUCUCUUUGCUGCCCUACAUCAUCAAUCCAAGAGAAGCCAAGUGAGCAUUGAUCACCACAUUGCACUACUGGAAUGGUGUCCACGUGUAGCAGCAUGUUUUGUCUGCUAUGACCUGGACAACAUCACAGCAUGUCCUCGUUGUGGCAUGGCUUACCUGUGUGGCAAACAUCGUCAAACUGAUGAACACCGAAGUGAACACAACCAACACUGUGCUAUGCUGGCAGCACUCAGACAUCGCAUACUACAGGCUAGCUGAGCUUCUGAGGAUCUCUACUGGAUAGUGUUUAGCAGUUGAGAUUGGUGAAAGUGACAGCACUGGACAGGGAUCACUGAUUUCAAGCAGCUACUGCAGUAAGAGAUACUCCAAGAGCACACUACCUGUCAUUGAUCGCAACACUAUGACAUCACUUGUAUAGACAUGAUGUAUACAGAUUGUCUAUGACACACAGUGUUGUGUUACUAUGUAGAUAUAAUGAUCAACUGAACUACAUGUACUGUCUAGUCCAGUCUACUGUGGUAUCAGUUUUACUGAAUAUGUUCAUGUCUACUCUCACCUACUGUUUUUACACUAGUCACUGUACAGAAUAGUUACCGGUAUGUCAGUUAAACCUGGAAAACUCUACUCUACAAAUGUUUAUACUGCAAUGUAUAUUGCCAUAGCAGUCAGCAUACCCUGUACAUACAAGUUCAUGCUACUAUCCUUGAGAUACACAUCAUAUUUUACUCUAGUAUUGAAAUCUAGCAGCACUGCUAGCAUUGGUGUGACAAAUGUAGAAAUGCCCGUUGCAGCCGCUGUGUACUAUCACGUCAAAGCAUGAAGCAUCACAAAUGUAGCCAUUGUUCGACCUGAGCAAGCACAGA